AUGUACUGGAUAUUUCUUAUUUUCUGCAUAUGUACGGUCGCUCCCCUGUUUCUCAUAGAAAUUUUCGUAAUUCACCGUUCUACUCAACUGCCAUCUGCUUACGAUCCUUCUACAGCUACAAUCGUUCUGCAGCUUACAAUAUUUCUCAUUGUGCAAUUCAUCUGCUUUUCAAUUAUAUUGAUCGUAAUUCACGAUUUUGUUAGCUCGAAAUUCACUGUUUACUUCAUGGUUUUAGCCACAAUUGCUCAGAUCAUCACUGCGUACAAUCCCUGGAUAUCAUGGUGUUAUGCAAAUGCGGAAAGCGCGUUUUCAGUCAUGAAAUAUAGCCUGAUGCUUCAAGUCUUCUACCACCCAAUCGGUAUUCUGGUUUCCAUUUUUAUCCCGUGGAUUUCUUUCCGCAUGAGAAGCAUCGAUAGGGAUAUGAGCCAUGAUCUAUGA